UUGUAAUUUACCCAUGUUUGAUAAUUACCUAACUGAUGUAACCCCUCUAUAAUUUAGAAAAAUGGUGUUUUAUGUUUAAACUGAUUUUAAGUUCAAAGUUUGUGAUGUCUCGUCUUGAAGCGUGUGCUCGUGUGUACGGGCCAUUGAUGCAACGUCUUCAAUAUGGUAAAGGUCAUACACAAUAUUCAGCAAGACAUGCAUCAAAUAAAAUUAUCGGGCCUCUAACUCCAAUUUUAAUCAAACAAUAUUGUGACUUGCUUGGGGUAUCAGUGACGGCUUCUGAAGCAAAAAUCAAGCAAGCAUUUUACCGGAAAAGUCUUCAAGUUCAUCCUGAUCACAACAAGAGCGUCGGAUCAGAAGAAAGAUUCACCGAACUUUCAAACGCUUAUCAAGCUUUAAUAGAAGAUAAAAAGAAGUUUAACAGAUCUGAAAGAAGCUCUUUCAUCCGGAAACCAAAUCAAAACGCUGGCGAUAUAAGGCCUUGGUUUCAGUCAAACCAUGUACGAACAAACCCAACACCCACCCCUACUAAGCAUGCGGAAAGAACUCCGUCAAAAUACAAGGAUUUUCAUAACUAUAAUAUUGAUUACAGUUUAGUUUCAACAGGGGUGGACAAGAUUAUUCAAAACUACGGCGGUACUCCUGGUACCUGGUGCAACUCAUAUUAUCAAAACCAAAUGAAAGUUGAUUUUCAUGAACAUAAAGAAAGAAGAAGGAUUGAAAAAGAAAGAGAAAAAAGCAAGGAUGGCUGUAUUGUGAUGUAAUAGUUGUCUUUUAUUUGUUUUUUCCUUGUUUUUUAGUAAAAUUGUAAAGCUUGUAUUUAUAUAUUUAAAAUAUAUAAUUUAUUUAGGGAAAUGGUAAUACAGGGGUUCUAUGUAUCAUUCAAACAAAUAAUAAGCCCAUGAUAGGAUGCGCUUUUAACUUCUAUUGCAUGUUGAUUUUAAAACUUUGGCAGAGGUUUUACCAAACAAAGGCUUGAGUGUGCAUUUGUGCUGUAAAUAAAAGCAAAUUAAAAUGAA